AUGGCUGCUUAACUGAGGGACUGCCUUAUUGUAAAAGAACAGUCUAGAACAACAGCACCAAUUGAACACAGUGCAGCAGCCAAAGAGAAGGAGCCACUAAAAAAAGAAAGGCCCGUGGGAAAAAGAGAGGAAACUGCAGGAACAGCCAGAACAAGAGCAGCAGCAAUAGAAAGCUGCUUCAGAGCAAACAACUUGACUCCUGAGGGUACAUACCUGUUGCAGUAUGAAGCUCCCUGGUGUAAAUACAGGGAACCUUACUUUCUAACCUUGCUAGGUCAUCAGUGCAGAAUCUCCUGUUACACUUGCUGGGAUAGAAACAGUGAUUUGGCCAGAAAUGUUCACAUGUAGACUUUGAAUUAAAUGUCAUAAAUGUAGGAGUGUUUUGUUGUUGUUGUUUUAAAAAAAGCACCCUCUCCAAAAUAUGUUGGGCUGGUUUUGCCUGCCUUUCAGUACCACAAAUAAACUAUGAAAGAAAAACUGUUGCCCCUGGCCAGAGAUACUGUGGUCAGAAGUGGAGCAUCAUGAUGCCACACUAUGCAAGGGUGGAAUUGCCACCACAUAUGGAAUGUACUCCUCUUCCGUCUGCUAUAUUUGUUUUAAAUUUCCACUGAGGUUCUUGGCCACUGCAGGAGAAGCUAGUGGCAUUUCACAAGUCAUCUGUUCCUUAUACUACCAGUACACAAUUAUCACAUAACUUCUCACCUCAUUGUUCACUGCAGGGAAAUCUGAGCAUGUUUUUGAAGGCUUGGGGCACGGGGCAAAAUGCCCUCAGGGAUCCCCUUAAUAUAGCAGGUUGUGUGAGAGAACUGAGGUGAGGCCUGCAUCUACCUCUCCCAUGGCACCAACUUAGAGGAGGCUGUUGCAAGUGUCUUUUCCAUUUUGCUCUGUAUUGCAGUUCUGUAAAAAAUACCAUAACAAAUAGCUAACAGUUUGUGGGCUUUUUGUGGCAAUGAAAAUCUUUUGCCUGAGGCAGCUGCCUCACUUUGCCUAUUGGUAGAGCCAAUCUUGCACCCUGCAAAUACCAGCAGCACCCUCCCCUCCCAGGCUCUCAUCUGUUCAGAAAGAGCUGUGACCUGCUGGCCUGGUCACCCAGGAUCACCUAACCUCCCUCAAGUCAUUGGCUUCCUUUUUAGAAGGGAGAUGGGUGGUGGGUGAGCAAGCAGGUGGUGAAGAAAGAUGGAGGGAGUCGCAGAAAGAAGUUCCAUUUCUGUUAGUAGUGGUCCCCCUAUUAAAGCACAGGGGAAUCUAGAAGAUCUCUGACCAUUGUAGUAAUUGAAGCAGGGUCUGGGUUUUGAACCCCCUGUCCCUUAACCUUGACUUAAAGAAACCAAUUUUUCAUAAAAGCUAAAGUUGAGGGGCCAUGUGUCAUUGUCACUUCUGCUCUCAAUUUUCCUGGCAUAUGACACAAAUCCUUUACAGAGAAUUGUUGUGUUGACAACCUGUUGAAGGAGUAGAUCUCUGAGAUUUUGAAGAGGUGAAGCCUUACACAGAUGUUUUUAUUGUUGCAGUUCCUUCCUUUGGACAAGGCUACAAUCAAGGCUUGUACAGUACGUGUAAAAACUGUGAGUCCUCAGCAUUUGUGAAUUACCUAAAAUGGUGAACUUAAAAAAAAUAUGUACUCCUCUGGGGGAAGAAGGUUAUAUGAAAAGGGCACAACAAGGACACAACAUAUACCGACAGCUUUCUUGUAAAGAGAUUCCACUUUAGUAUGUACAUGUGGAAGAUAGAUAAGGUUGAUGAGAAGAACAAUGCUGACAAACAGGGGUCUGGAGGAUAUGCCCCGGAAAACUGCUUUGCUGUAUUUAAAAUAUACAUCCCAGCUACAAUAUGAAAAAGUGGAUCUGUUUCAGGGGUUACUGGAUUGAAGAGAAAACCUGAUGGGCUGCAAAAAGCACAAAAGCAUGUUGAAGAAUUAAGAGGGAAGUAUAGUGUGUUUAUAUUUGAUUUCCAAAAAUGUUAUAACUGGAGCUGCACUGAAUAUUUGCCAGUAUCGAUUUUAAAGGCAAGAAUAGCUGUUCCAGUGGAGUGUAAAUAUCACCUGAUAAAUUUAUUAAUUUUUAAAGUUUUGAAACAGCAAUACUAUGGAUUCAUUUUCUUUCUCGAUUUUGAAGUAGUCACAUGAGAAUAACUGUCAGGAAUCGCAGCAUGACAUCACAACACUAUGCAGCCAAUCAUGUCUGGCUAUGUGAUUUUAUCACUGAGGGCAAGUGAGGUAAAUUUAAAUGGAUAAGGAAACAUUUUAGCAGAUAAUAUAUAUAUAUAUAUUAUGGCUGAAAAAGAAUCCAUUUUUUGUUAUGCAAAAUGGUCCUGGUUAAUUUGGGGCAACCCAACCUGGGGCAGUACAGGGCUCUCUUGACCCAACUUGGUCAAAGCUGAGAUCAGCUUGAAUUGGCCAAAUUUGGUUUGGAAUUGGGAUUUUGGCCAAAUCUGAUGCAUAGUCUUAUUAUAUUCCUGCCAAAUGAUGGUUAAAAUCAGUGCUGUUAUGAAGGGUUCAGCCUGCCAUAUUGAUUCAAAAUGGCAUCUGAUGGUAUUCGAACAUAGGCUCAAACUUACUCUAUGAUCUCAGGAACCAUCAUGCCACAUUGGGGAACGAUAUCAUCUUCAAAGGUGUUCAAAUCAUUGCAGGUGGCUCACUUCACCAUCUUGAGUCAAAAUGUAGUCUGAUAGUGUCCCAGCCUAGACCAAAAUCUACUACUUGGGAACUGCCAUGCCAAUUUGAGCAAUGAUAUCUUAAGUGGUGCUGUUUGGAAUAAUUUGGCCCACCACCUUGAUUCAAAAUGGUGUCUGAUGGUGGACUUACAGAGGAGGAACAUGGCAGACUGAACAUCUUCUGUUGGCAGCUCGCCGAUGGCGAUAAUUGCAUGAUGCUUAAUGAUAGCCAAGCCAUAAAUCUUGGCUAUUAAAUUCACUCUGGUAAAAUAGAGUGCACAAGGGAUUAACCCACUCCUCCACCUCAGGAACCAUCAUGCCAAGCUGGGUGACAGUAUCUUCAGAGUUGUCUAAAUCAGUUUAGAACAUUUCAGUCGGACAUCUUGAAUCAAAAUGGCACCUAGCGUCCAAACAUAGAUGAAAACUGGCCCCUUGUCAGGUUAUUUCAGGGCCAAAAUGGUUGCUUAACAGGCCAGUUUGGUCUGCUUAAGUCAGGCCAAAAUGGUUGCUUAACAGAGGAACAGCUUUAUUCUUGUUGCUUCUGUAAAGUAACCUAGCAAGGGGCCAGUUUUCAUCUAUCACCCAGUGAUGCCAUCUGAUUGAUGGAUGAUGCUUUAGGGGAAAUGGCUUUGCAGGCCAAAUUAGACCCCUUAUUGGGUGAAGAUUGGCCACGGCCAAACCCCUGAUUUAAAUGAACAGAGCUCCACUCAUGCAGAAGCUCCAAGGAUGUAAAGAGGCAUGCAUGUGGCUCUGGAUUAAGUUAUUUUAUUUCAUAUAAUUAAAUUAUUAAGACACAAAUAUUAAAUAAUCCAAAAGAUUUGGAGCUUUAUAUUACUAUCUCCAAGGCUAUUUAUAUGUUACCAAAUGAGGCAAGUAAAAACCAAGUUGAUGAAAAACUUGUAGUUGAAAGACUUUAAAGAUUCUAUCAUUUUUUCAGUGCUAUUUUUGAAUAAGAGGUGAGAAUAAGAUAACUAGUUUCUGAAAAUACAAGAAAUCUUCAUUUUAUCAAAGCAUCCAUCUACUCAAUAAGACUCUUCUCAGAAGAUGGGACAAUCUGUUUAAGUAAUACACAUCUGUAGUUUGCUAUAAAAAAGACUGCUAGAGAAUGAAUAAAUUCACCAGGGAUAUAUAUGAUGGAGAACACAAAAUAUAUAUUUUACAACCAACUAAAUUCUACUUGGGUCUCAGUUUACCCAGGAGAAUUGAACAGCCGUAUGAUUAUAGAAUUUUAAAAGAGGCAAGCAUAAAAAGUUCAAACCUAUCUCCCGUACAUCCUAUAAAAGUUAGGAAAUUCAUGGCCCCUUUAGUAGCUACAGAGCCAAAACCACCGUAAUCCUCAGUUUGAGUCUGAAUUGUUUUCAAUUUGUAAUCUGAAUGAAAGAAGAGGUUCUUAAUUCCAGAUGCCACAUUUUUGGCUAUACAUAAGCUGAGGUUUCUUAGAGCAAGGGUUAUAUCAUGAUAAGUAUUUUUGAUUUUUUGCAGGAUUCCCUGGGUACUUACUGAAGUGCUGGAUAUAAAUCCAUGAAAUAAAUCCAUGAAUAUGUACAUACAUGCAUACAGGGACAGAGCUUUGUUCUUUCAUUUUCCCAGCAGUCAUCUGCCCCUUUUCUAACAUUAUUUAUUUCAUUUGUGUCCCAAGUCCAAUUCAGAGUAAACCCAUAAAUUCACAAGCAGAUUCUAGUUAUUUCCAGAAUUUGGUAGAUCUCGUGUAAGAACUUUCAAGAACAACACCAACUUGGAAACUGUUAACUAGAAGCAGGAGAGGCUAUAUGCAGCGAGGCAGGGGACAGCCCAUCAGAUAUUUGAAGAUGGUCUCCUCUUCUCCAGGCUAAACAUACCCAAUGCCCUCAACCAUUCCUCAUAAGGCUUGGUUUCCAGACCCCUGGUCAUCUUAGCCACCCUGCUGUACACAUGUUCCAACUUGUCAUAACUCUCCUUAAAUUGUGGCACCCAGUACUCUAGGUGUGGUCUGACCAAGGCAGAACAGAGCACUACUAUUACCUCCCCUGAUCGGGAUACUAUACUUACGUUGAUGCAGCCUAGAAUAGCAUUAGCCUUUUAUGCUUCCUGUGUACCCUGAGUGAUGCAGAUUCUCUUAAUGGGCAGCCUCAAAUAACCUUAUCCUUCCUCUUCACCCAGGGUCUUAAUGCACAUUUCAUGUGCUCAUGGCCAGCACCAGCAAGCACCAUUCUUGGGCAUAUGCUGAGGUCCCCACAAGCUCCACUCCCACUGCUAACACUAGCCUAGUUUGGGCAUACUUUUCCUUCCUGGUGCUGACAGGAGCAUAAUUACAGCAUUGCAUUGUGGGGGAUUUAAUGGCAGUGCCAGCAGGUUUAGCCACAUAAGCCCAGUGCUCCGGUGCUACAGCUGGCCUCUUGCUGCAACUUACCACCUGACAAGUCUGCUGUGGGGUGGGGAGUGACCUACUGAGGGCACUUUGCCUCAGAUCUGGAAUAUUCUUUGCUCUUGUUCUGCACAUAUGUUUCAAGUACUGAACAAAGUGGUAUCUGCAGUGCAUGCCAGGAUGUACGUCUUUAACCUCGGGAAACUAAGUAUUCAUUAAACCAGUGAAGCAAUAUAUGAACAGAUAUCUCUAGCUAUGUUUCCUACUGAGUUAAUACUUCUGUGCUAUUGACCAUGCCCCAAGAAAAGACUAGAAAAGAACAGUUCAAGAAACCGAGCUUUCUAAAUGGCCUGCAGUUGGCUCCUUCUCCCAAAUAUUUGGGAGAAAAGACUAUAAACUCCUGCUAUUUGCACUGCAUCCUAAAAUUGAGUAUCAGCCAACAAAAACUGGCACAAGUUCAUGGAUGUCACACAGGAGGCACUGGGAACAUGAACUGGUGUGAAAGCCUGAAGGAGCAAAAGGGAAUGCAAAUGUAGUAGCCAGAGAGACAGAUUUACAAGAGGGAUACAAGAGAUCUUGGUAAAUGUGCUCAAGAGUCUAAGUUAGGCUGGUGUUUGACAUGACUUAGACAGAAGGGAGGGAACUAAGUGAGAGGAGAAGGAAAGUUUGAGAAAAGAACCAAACGGGGACAGAAACAGUGUGUUGAAUGCAUAUACAGCUCCAUAGAUUAUUGGAUGAAACGCAUAAUCUAGCCCCAUUUCAAUCUGGCUUCAAGCCUGGGCAGCUGGGUGGCAGGGAAGGGUAGAGAGAGGAGCAGAGGAAGCAUGCUACUGCUGCUGAUUUUCAGUUAUUACUUCUUCUUUUUAAGAAAGGAUAUUCACUUCAAUAACAUACAAGAAUAAAGGAAGAAAUAAAGACAAUACAACUGAAUUAAAAUUAAACAUACACAUAAACGCAAAAUGCAAAUUAGGGUUGUUUCAUCGACAAUCCUUUAAAAGAAUUGUUGUUGUUAUUGGGAGUGAAGGUAGUAAUAUUCCUCCCUAAAUUUUAAUUAUGUUAUUUUAUUGCAUAUAACAAUACAAAUGUUUGAGAUACAGAAGACAAACAAUUAUUGAUUCCAGUUUCUUACCCGCCCUUCCCCUUAAAGCCCCAGGGUGGGUUAUAACAAUUGAAGCAAACCUGAAUGUUAAAAUGCAAUAACGUGCAAUGUUAAAAACCCACUUAAAGCAUCUCUGCACACCCUACACUGUCACCUCUGAAUGAACUCAGAAACUCUUUGCUGUUGUCUGGGGCCCAAGUCCAGACCAUAGAAGAGAAAGGCAAACAGAAGUGUAUGAGGUCGGAUGCGAAGGAACUAAGUGGAAACUUGGACAAAUACUGGAAAUGGUUGUAGUGACUGAGGUAAAAUAAAGUGAGGACAUGGGAAGGAAGAAAGCCAGCAGGAAACCAGGUCUAGGUGCGGUGAGGUACAAUAAACAGAAAACACCAGUCCAUAGAGUACUCUAUGGGGGACUGUUUCAGGCAUACAGCUUGCAACUUUCAUAAAAUAUUGCUUUUCUUACUGUAACACCUCAACCUUCUUCUUUCCCCCCCAGCUAUAGUGAAGAGAAUGGUUGCAGGGGAGAAAGCCUCCUUCAUCUGUCACUGCUUCUUGGGGACCCCAUGAAGUUAGUUCAAUUUACACCUUUUACCACUGCAGCAGAGUGUUUCAUUGACUUGCAGAAGCUCUGUCCCAGAGGCAAUAAAAACCUAAAUUGCUGCAGAAACCAGGCUGUGAAAUAGCCCUGCUGGAACUCCAAGGAGCUUCAUUAGUGUGAUGGCUGCUAUGGGAAGUCUGUGCAUGCUGACAAGCAAAGCGUCCCAAAAGCCUGAUAUUUAGCUAUUGCCUUUGGCUAGGGAACAACACCAUUUAUGGUGGUGAUCUGUGAUUUCCCCAGGAUAGAUGGCAAAAAUCGCAAGGCUUCCUAACUGUCUAAAUAUAUUCCUGAGAUUUAGGAGUAGGCUUGUCCAAAAUUUCUCCAAGGAAAAUAGGGAUGUCCUAUUCUAUAAUGAGGGACGUGGGUGGCGCUGUGGGUUAAACCACAGAGCCUAGGACUUGCUGAUCAGAGGGUCGGAGGUUCGAAUCCCCCACGAUGGGGUGAGCUCCCGUUGCUUGGUCCCUGCUCCUGCCAACCUAGCAGUUCGAAAGCACGUCAAAGUGCAAGUAGAUAAAUAGGUACCGCUCUGGCAGGAAGGUAAACAGCGUUUCUGUGCGCUGCUCUGGUUUGCCAGAAGCGGCUUAGUCCUGCUGGCCACAUGACCCGGAAGCUGUACGCCGGCUCCCUCGACCAAUAAAGCGAGAUGAGCGCCGCAACCCCAGAGUCGGUUACAACCGGACCUAAUGGUCAGGGGUCACUUUACCUUUUUAUUCCAUAAUGGUGAUGGUGAUAAUUUUACUAUUUAUACCCCGCCCAUCUGACUGAGUUGCCCCAGCCACUUUGGGCUGCUUCCAACAUAUAUAAAAACAUUAGAAAACAUUAAACAUUUUAAAAAUCCCCAUACAGCGCUGCUUUCAGAUGGCUUGGGGGUUGGAUAACUCCAUACCCUCUAACAUUUCUCUGAUGAAAAUAGAAACAUCCUAAGGAGACAUUCUGGGAUCAAGUCAGAAACCAGGUUGGCUUCUGUAAAUCCAAGACUGUCCCUGGAAAAUAGCGACACUUGUUGAGUCUGGAUUAAGCAUGAAAGUGUAUCUAUAUCAAGCCAGACACAAACUCAUAAUAAUAUCUGCAACAGAAAUAGUUAUCCUCGUCUAGGUAAGAAUAUGGAGGAAUCUAAAUCUGAAUGCGAUAUAUUCCGAAAGAACUAGGGAAGGGAAGGGAAAUGGAUUGCUUUUCAACAUAAUAAUCCCAGAGCUAGGCAUUAAAUGCACACAAAUAUCCUCUUUGGUUUCAUCCCAAAUCCCUUCGACCUCCUGCACUGAACCUGAAGCCCAGACCCAGAAGAAGAACAGUGUACUUGGGUCAAGUAGUACAAAAAGCCCAAAGCUUUUGGAGCCUCUUGGCGCAAGUAGUCAUUCUGGCAGCUCAGGGUUUCUUGGCACAAAAUGCACUUCUUUCUUUCUUUUCCCCGUCUCUUUCUUGGCCUAGUGCUUCUGUCCAGCUUUCCUAAUUUUCUGACAUCUUGAAAAUGUCAGUCAGUUGCUUUCAGUUUAUAACAUAUUUCAAAGCCUAGUUACUCAGCCGUGCAACAACAGAGAUGCUUAGCUUUCAAAGCUGAAGAUAGGGAUUUGUACAUGUGCUGAAUGGUCUUUAUUUCCUAGAGAUGUCUGCACUUUCUCUUGCCUCAGACUUGCCUCUUGCUUAAAACUCCAUUACUUUGCCUUUCUUUGCCUGCCAGAGGGGACUUUCGCUAGGUAAUUCCUAGCAAAGUGUGCUACUAAUCAAUGGACAGAUUCCAAAGACACAUUCAAGCACAACCCUGUACAUGCAUGAGACACAGUUCUCCCUUUCUCCAAACAUAUUCAGUGAACAUACAUAUUAAUGAGUACUAUGUGCAUAUUUAAAAGCCAUCUCCAAUUUCCCAUCACCCUCUGUGAUGGACAACACUGCACAUGUACACAACCACACACCCUUCAGUUUACAUGUCACCAAAGUUCUUUGUUACUUUCAGAAAACAGGAAUGCAAAUUGAAUUGCCUUCCAGCUUAGAAUGUAAAGCAAGACACUGAGUGUUGGUUAUUUGUUCAGCUGACAAGUUACUGAAAGAUUUGAGGUUGGAUUAUUAUAUUCACCAUUAUUUUAUUUAUAUAACACAUUUUCUACAAAUUUGUGCUCAGAGUAGUUUACAGCAGAAUAACAGGCCAAAGAAAUACUAUAAUAACCAUGCUACAUGAUUAAAAUCAUAAAACUAUUUGCAAUGCUAAAUUAACAAUCUACUAAUUAAUCAUUAUUGUUGAUCAAUCAUUAACAAGUCAUAUAAAAUGCAUCUAGAAUAUUAAACAUAAAGCACACAGGUCAAGUAAUAGAGUGGUACCUUGGUUUACGAACUUAAUCUGUUCCAGAAGUCCGUUCUUAAACAAAAGCGUUCUUUAAACCAAGGUGUGCUUUCCCAUAGCAGUGGGGGACUCAAUUUAAAAUUGAACACACUCAACAGAAACCGGAACAUGUUCUGCUUCCAAGGCAAAGUUCAUAAACCAAAACACCUACUUCCAGGUUUGCAGCGUUCUUAAUCCAAGUUGUUCAUAAACUAAGCUGUUCUUAAACCAAGGUACCACUGUAUCCCCAAACAGCCAAAAAGCUAAUGACAGUAAUCACUGCAACUAGCAGCUGUAUGUGUGUAAGCUUUUAAAUAUUAAUUUCUUUACUCCCAGUGAUAGUCAUAGGGAUGUCCCGGGUGUUCAGAUACCCUGCUAGAAUACUUGUGAGCAAGAUUCAGGUAAGCAAAGCCCUAGCCUCCUAAAUCUUAUGAACAACAGUCCCAAGGUGCUGAAAUUUACUUUGACCAAUAGGAAGGAGGAGGCAGCUGCAGGUGCUCUGCAGGGCUGGUUUUUUGUUUUUUGUUGUUUUUUAAAACUGAGGAUACGAAUGGGAUUACCAGACCCAGACUCAAUAAUAGAAAACCGGCACUCCUCCGUGCAUCCCAGGAGAAGAUCAUUUAGCUUUUUAAUCUUGAGGAUUGGCCUCACAAUCUGAGCAUGUCUAGCAUUGCUAACUGUGUGUAUUUAACUAAAAUCUAAACUCUAGAUCAAGGAAGGGGAGCCUGUAGCAUUCCAAAUGUGGAACUACAACUUCCAUCAUUUCUGACCAUUGACCAUGCUGGCUGGGGAUGAUGGGAACUGUAGUCCAAAAAUAUUGAGGGCACCAAUCUUGGUGAAGGCUGCUUUAUUCUUUUUCCAGAAUUUUCAAACAAAUGCUCCCCAUGUUGCAACUUAGGAAGUUUCCAAGUGUCUUCCACCCCAUCUCUGACACCCAGACCAACUCACUUUCAAAUUAUGCCUUCUGGCAAAGCUGGGCUGAAUUUCAUGGAAGGCUGGGCUGAGUUUCAAAUGAAGCUGAGCCAAUUUAUAAUUUAUAUUUCAGUUUAUUGUUUGGAGGGUUGAAAUCAUGAGCAGCUUCAAGCCUUCGCUCAGUACAGCUUCAACCUGAAACCAGGCAAAACCCAGACAUUUUGGCUGAGUUUCCUGAUCAGGAUUUGUUUGAAAUUCAAAAGCAUUGAAACUUUGGUAUGGGGUGGGGGGAGUCCUUCAGAACUGAAAGCUAUAAAAGGUUUUGCAAGGCUUUCUCAGUUAAUCCAUACCUCUGUAUUUCAUGUUGCUAGUUAUAUUAUAGAUUAUAUAUCCUCAUAUAAAACUGUGGUUCAGAUUCAUAUGAGAAGUAGUUGGGGCAAGAAAUUCAUUUGUUUGCAUUAUCAAGCAUAAAUCCAGGUAUCCUUGAUCCCCUUUCUUACAAGUGGAAUAGCCACAAAUGAGGAUGGGAUUUCAGCGAAGGAGAACAUCAUUGCUCAGUUUCAUAAUUGUAUUAGGAGGGUGGAAAAUUGUUUCCUACAGGUCUAAUUGGUUGGAAAUUCUUUCUCCUGCAGGAAAUGAAAAAGUUCAUUGUUCUUGAGAUUGGUGUAUAUAUCCUAUUAGACUUGCUCUUUUUACCUCAGCUACCUCUGGCAUUGAGGAAACUGAAACCCAUACCAUAAGAACAUAAGAAGAAUCUGCUGGAUCAGGCCAAUAACCCAUAUUAUCUAGCAACCUUCUUCUCACAGUGACCAGCCAGAUGCCUGUAGGAAACCCACAAACAGGACCCAAGCACAAUAGCUACUGUGGCUUCCAGCAUCUUAUAUUCAGAAGCAUUACCUCCUCCAACUGUGGAGGGAGAGCCCCGCCAUCAUGGCUAGUAGUCAUUGAUAGCCCAAUUCUCCACGAAAUUGUGGGAGUGAGUGCCAUAGCUUAACAAUCCGCUAUCUGCUUGUGCCACAUUAUGAUUUGAUUGACCACAGGUAGCAUUCUUUUGUUAUAAGCAGAAAUAUAUGUUUAGGUGUGCAAGGUCAUGUCUCAAUGCAUGGAAAUAAGCAAAUUCUCUUUCCAAUAGUAUUACUUAAUUCAAUAUUCUUUAAUGCUAUAAAACCUAUACUGCAUGUUUUGCUCCCUAAUUGGUCAUGUCAAAUGGGGAAAGUCUACUAGAUGGCAAUAGCCAUGUUAAAACCAGUUUAAUAAUAUUAUACUGUACUAGCCUUCAGAACAGCAAAGCCACCUUACUAAUGAUUUCAUGUUCCUUUUGCCAGCGUGGUGUAGUGGUUAAGAGCAGUGGACUCGUAAUCUGGCGAACCGGGUUUGCGUCUCCGCUCCUCCACAUGCAGCUGCUAGGUGACCUUGGGCUAGUCACACUUCUCUGAAGUCUCUCAGCCUCACUCACCUCACGGAGUGUUUGUUGUGGGGGAGGAAGGGAAAGGAGAUUGUUAGCCGCUUUGAGACUCCUUAAGGGGAGUGAAAGGUGGGAUAUCAAGCCCAAACUCUUCUUCUUGCCAAUAGGUAAAUAUCAGCUGGUUAUGUAUAAAUAGUAGUAAUCCAGAUAAGAAGUCCUCUUAAGGAUGAGUAACUGAUAAAAAUCAGGAAACAGAAGGUGGGGAUAACUAGACAGUUUUCUUAAUGGAAGGAAGGAAGUGAGUGAACCAAUAGCCAUGUUAUUUACUUUGCAGAAAUCUCAAGCAGACUGUAAAGAGCUGCAAAUAGAUCUCUACAAACCGGGCGUAAGAGUAGAUGUAGUGCAGUAAAAGAGUAAUGCAUUUGGGAUUAAAAUAAAAAAUAAAAACACACACACACUAAUUGAGUCUAAACUUUCUUUGUCUACCCAAGAAAAAUAUAUUGGGUUCUGGACAAUAACUCAUUGAAAACAACAUCUCACCACUCAGUGGUCAUCACCUCCAUGUCCCAACUGUGAGUGUAUGAAAGCAUAUGGUUUGGCAGUGUUGGAAUGAAAACAGAUUGCUGAGUUAGGUGGAUCCUAGUGAGAUUCAGCAAGACAACAAUUAUGGUCUUAUGUGUGCUUAGAGGUGAAGGAAAAUAUAUUUAAUAUUUAACCUUGUCUGUCUGCAGGUGGUAAUGGGUAAAUUCUGAGAGAGGUGCAUGGUGUAAACUACAGAUUAAUAUGAAUAGUCUUCCCAAGCUAUUACUCAUGCAGCUGUGUGACAUGAAUUCUGAUGUGAAAUGAGACCUAGAUGCUCUUUAGACUCUACACUGCAAUUUCCUCUGUCCAGUCACCAUGCAUCUGCUCCUGUUUUUAGGGUUCUUUUUUGCAGUCUGGCUCUGACCUCAAUAUUGCUAAUUUUCAGGAGAAUAUUAGAACUUGGAGGUGGUGGGACCACUUUAAGGUUCCUCAUGAUAUAACAGGAGAGUGUCUGAAUCCUGGUUCUGAGGUAAUUAUACUGCAUAUAUAUCAUAAACAUGGCUGACUAGAGGUUUCUGCAGUCUUGGAAAAGCAGCUACUCACCCACCUUCCUCUUCACAAGCCUGUUGUUGACCUUGCCCCCUUUCCUACAAUCAAGCUGGAAUUCACAAGUUCACACCUUGUAGUUGCUCAGUCCAGAGACUUUUAAUAAUGGCUAGGUGUUGCCAGAUUUGGGGCCCAUUUGGAAAUAUUAUUAAUGUGAAUGAUCCUGGUGUCAGCACAGUUGUAGUACUCAAGACCUUUACAAUGAGUUGGAUCUGCUGCUCCAGAGGUGAAUGGCCAGUAUAUAUUUUCAUAUAGAAGCUAAGCUGACUGACACCUUUUCAGCCAUUUCCUGAAAUGCUUUUAAAACAGAGAGCAGCACAGGAGGGGUUCAGGUGAGAGAACUCUGUGUCUUAACCAUUUGCCACUUUGUCAACUAUAUAAGCAGCCUAGAGAGAUGGAACAAGAAGAGGCCAUUUCCCCCCUUGGAUUUGGCUGCACAAAAGGUUAGUCCAAUAGCAAUUCUCCUCUGGAGGUCUAUAUACAGAACCUGUUUAAUUUGUAAAUGAAGGGUUUUGGCAGACUUUCAACACUUAGACCUUGUGCCUCCUUUAAUUAAUUGCAUCAUCAGUAUACAAAAUGUCAGAAUAGGGAUGUGCAUGUAACGCCCCCUGAGAAAUUUCUGCAGUUUUAUCUAAACUUCUUUUGUUUUGCAAAAGAUAGAUAAACCAUUGGAUGUUUCUCCUUAGCAGGAACUGCAAAAUUUAUCUCAAAUUUUCACUUUAGGUGAAACGCUGUGCCAAAUGUUAUGAUACCCCAUGAGAAAUGUCAUUCGUCAUUCCUGAAAACUUUUUGCUUUCCUGUAAAUUCCUUAGACAUUUAGUUUGAGGAGGAACCUCCACAUUUGCCCCAACAUUUAAUUUUUAGUGACAUUUUGUGGCAAUUUUUAUUCAGAGUGAGCAGGAUUAAUGUGUAGAGCUGUGAACUAUCAUUAUGAAUCUCUCAAUUUCCGAUCUGUGUUGUUUUCACAUUUUUUACUCAUAAUUCUCUUCCAUUUCUGUGACGAUAAUUCUCCUUCAAAAUAUGAAUUUAGAGGAUAUUUUAAUGUGUAUUUUAAUACAUAAUCAGGCAGUGCAAUCCAAUACAUAUCGACUCAGAAGUAAGUCCCUCUCCGUUCACUGGGACUUACUCCCAGGUAAUUUGUUAGGACCUAGUUUAGAGAGACAAUUUCCCUGAGUGUGGCUUCUCUGGAGAGCCAGUGUGGUGUAGUGGUUAAGAGUGGUAGAUUUGUAAUCUGGGGAACCAGGUUCGCGUCUCCGCUCCUCCACAUGCAGCUGCUGAGUGACCUUGGGCUAGUCACACUUCUUUGAAGUCUCUCAGCCCCACUCAUCUCACAGGGUGUUUGUUGUGGGGGAGGAAGGGAAAGGAGACUGUUAGCCGCUUUGAGACUCCUUCGGGUAGUGAUAAAGCGGGAUAUCAAAUCUGAACUCUUCUUCUUCCUCUUCUUCUUCUUCUUCUUCUUCUUCUUCUUCUCAUCCUCACAUAACAAGCUCCACUUGCAAGCAUUAGACUCCAUCUCCCAUCAGCUUCAUCUAGCAUGGCCAGUGUUUAGGAAUGAUGGGAGUCCAACAACCUCUGGAGGGUAGCAGUUGGCUACUCCUGCUAUAAAUAAAUAAAUAUGGAAGUGGGAGGGUUGACAUAAUGAAACUGAGCCCAGUGAGGAUAUAUCCAACAGCCAAGGCACACCCGCUAAGCUCAAAACCUAUGAAGAGCGUAGACAAAUAGACCUAAGUGCAGAUUAUCCUACAGAUAAGAGUUGGGAUGAAGGGUUAUUGUGGGGCGCCAUCCCAUGUUAGAUAUUAUUUUUUUGAACUUGUAAGUUCAUGCCAUUAUGUUUUACAAAAAGGUGGGAGAUCUUAUCUACAUAAAUUUUUUCCAUUUCCUUUUCUUGGCUUAAAUGCUCAUUCUUUCCUUCACCUCUUUCCAGGUUGCUGUGGUUGGAGGUUGCUUUACAGCUACGGUACAAGUUGCACCAGAGAAGGGGCAUGGGAAUUGAAAUCUGCUGUUUCUCCAUCACGGAGUCCAGAGGUAAGCCCUGUGAAAUGAACCCCCAGACAUUAUUUCUCAAUAAGGUAAUGUAUUCCUCUGAGGGGCUCAGACAAAGAGCUCAAUUUAUGAACGCUCUGGAAUUCCUAAAAAUAAAUAUCCUGAAACCUUUGAAGAGAGGAUUGCUUCUUAUUUAGAUUAUAUAUGUUCAUGAAAAGUCUGAAACGGAGAUUUUUGCCUGCUAUAUAUCCUCAUUUUUAACACUUUAAUGGACACGGCAGCCUUCUGGAGAUAUUUUGGUCUGCUGGGGCAGGACGUCAUGGACAUUUUUGUGUGUGAAUUGCAUGUUGUAAAGCAGGGAAUGCACAGAUUCUUAAGUGGCCUUCACUUCAGCCACCUUUCUGAGCCCAGGGGCACACUUCUGGUCCCCUACAUAAACGUAAAACCCUGAGUGAAAAUGCUGGACUACUGUCUCGGAAUAACACAAAGCAUAUACUGGAAUGUUGUAUAUUGACAGAAGUGACUUGCAUCACACUGCCUUGGACUUUUGCCAGACUAGACCAGCCCAGAAGGAGAAACUGCACUCUCCCUGCUGUCCAUCACAGACAACCCUGGUAAGGCCAGCUUCUGCAUACCGAGACGCCAACUGCACAUGGCAUCAGUAGACAUCCAUGAUUGAUCUGCUGGCGUUUCCUUCAUUGUACAUUGCCGCUUUGGAGAGUUGCAAAUGUGAUUGCAGUAGUGGUGCUGUGGCAAGGGAUCAUUAACCCUUUCCUCAAGGCUUCCCACUUCCCGCGCAUCGUUCGCACCUCAGCAGAACACUAGUAACAGAAGCAGACAAUUGGCAGCACACAUCCUUGCAGGAGUUUGAAAUGCUGACCUCCUUAUCCUGUUACAGUCCUUUGAGCUAUGAACUAUGACUGUGGCUAAGGAACAAAUUUGUAUAUUGCCUUUCAUCCACAGAUUUCAGGGCAGCUCACAACAAACCAAUAAUCCCCCCCACUUCCUCCAACAUUUUUAAAAGUCAAUCAGCCAAAGUCCUGAUUAAAGAGGAACAUUUUUGCCUCUCUUUCUCUCUAUCUGUCUGUAUCCCUGGACCCGGAGAUUAAAAAGAAAACAUUAGGCUGAGUCUUUUUUCUGAAUGGUUGGCAACCCUCAAUGCAUGCAGAGGCCUGGAGCCCUUCUGAAUUAGUGUGGGUGAAGGAGAAUAAGGGCAGCAAAGUCUUAGCUUUGCUGCUUGUCCAAAUGUCAGCCUUCAUCCUCCAUUUUUAAAAAAAUCAGCCCGCAGCUGCUUUGAAGCCCACAAAAUCAAGACUUCAACAAGCAAGUCUUUUAUAAGUUUAUCUGUCUCCUACACAAAUUCAGGUCUGACCUGCAUUACUUAAUCUAGCAAAAUAUUCCACAGUCCCCUGCUUUCCUGUAUGCGACUAUGCAGUAAUGCAAAACAUCUGUGGAAAGGGAGGAAAAGCAGAGAUGCCUACAAGGCACAUGAAGCGGGGGAAGAAGAAGAAGAAAAAGUGGGGGAAGGAGCAGCUUUUUGCUACUUGGAGCAAUUUGGCAGGAAGUCCAGUUGGGAUUUUGGUAACUGAUUCUUCAGGACUGCAGGAAGGACAUAGCCAGAGAAAGCAUUUCAGGGACCUGCUUGUAAAAUAAGAGAAAUGAAUAAAAACACAGCAGAAGUAAUAAAGCAGGAGAAGUGACAAGAUGGAAAUCAGACAAAGCAAAGCUGGGGGUCAUAAGUUUUGGCUUGGGAUUGAAAAGCACACAGCAGCCACUGCUGAGAUCUUCCCCCCAAGCAUGAGAAGCAUAGGGUGAAGCAAAAGCCGCCUUUCUUCUCACUAAGAAUUGCCUUCUUAUAGGAAGUGGAAACACCAAGUAAAAAAGCAUGGAGUGAAUGAUCUUAAGUGGAGCCCUCUUUCUGAAGAUUGGUGGGCAGAUCCUAUCGCGUAUGCUCUGCUGAAGAAAACAGGAGGGCACCUCUCAGUGCUUUUGUGAAAUAGUGGCCAAGCCAGCUUGCACAUUGCAUCUGAUCUGGCUGCUUAUUUUUCUCUUGUCUUCACCGCACAUGCGGAGUAUCCUUAUGAGAACUAUGUGACAUGUGGACUGGAAUUCGCUGUCAGGCCCUCCUCAUGUUCAACAAGCUUCAGUUGAAUCAUGUAUACAAAAUAAUAACAACAAGCCACACAACACUUUCUUUGUCUUGCUGCACUAGCAUUACUGAGUAAUGGCACCCAGGGUAGCAGCAAUGCCAUCUCAGAUCUUAAUGGCUAUCAGCUCUGAACUCUAUGGGAUGAAGUAAGAUGGUUGCAUUUAGGGAUGCGUUCUGAGGUACAGAAAAUCUGCCCCCAUCCUAGACAGGACACCCAGGCUAGGCUGCUGGAACUGUCUUGCAAUAUUCAGUCUUCUUUUAUUGGUAAUAACCUUCUGCCACCUGAAAUGUUGGCAGGACUAACUCCACUCUAGAGUAAACAUACCAAAUGUUUCUUCUACCAGAGAUGCUAACUUCUCUCUUUUGCUUUCUUAUAAAGCACAUUUUAAAUGUUAUUUAUUUAAGAACUUUUAUAGACUGCUAUGAAACGUCUCUAACAUAACACCAUGCAAAAUCUUUUCUUGAAAAAUACAGACCCCAAUCAAUCAAAAGUUUAUUGGCCAAAGGCCAUAACAAUUUCACCAUUAUAAUUUGCCACACUGCAAAUCAUAACCUACAGCAUACGGCAAUUACAUAAAACAAGGGAUCAGUGAUUUGAAGAAAGGGCGUCAGCCUUCAUAAAUAUUAUCUGCUAGCUCAAACCUAGCUUAACUUCUGUUAGACCAGGCAUAGGCAAACUCGGCCCUCCAGAUGUUUUGGGACUACAAUUCCCAUCAUCCCUGACCACCGGUCCUGUUAGCUAGGGAUGAUGGGAGUUGUAGUCCCAAAACAUCUGGAGGGCCGAGUUUGCCUAUGCCUGCGUUAGACCUCUGGAUCUCCUGUGCAACUUAUUGCAAUACUGUCUCUCUCUCUCUUUCUAAUCUUACUUGAAGCCAUAAAUAAAUAUAGAAUCAUUGAAUUGUAGAGUUAGAAGGGACCCUGAGGAUCAUCUAGUCCAACCCUCUGCAAUGCAGUAAAAUGCAGCUGUCCCAUACAAGGAUUGAACCUGCAGUCUGGGCAUUAUCAGCACCACACUCUAACCAACUAAGCUAUCCAUGCUCUGAUACGCACAGUGAUACAAUCAACAAAGUUUAAAAGCAAUGUGUAUAUAGUGAAAUUAUUUUUUAAAAAUACUGAUAAAAUCAACAGAAUUUAAAAAUCAGUAAGCACAAUAAAAGCCCAUGCUUGGAUAGGCUUGCCAAAACAAAAAAGUUUUUAGCAGGCAUCUAUCCACUGUGGUUCUUUGCAGACAAGUCUUAUGACUUUGAUUUGGUUGCCUGGGGCAUAUGAAUGAGAGUAUAACACCUCCUGCAGCAGUCAUUUCUACAAAUGCUUUCUCAAAGUGGUCCUUGAAUGGCCCGGAAGGCCACCCCUUCUUUUGUACUUGGACUGGAAAAAAGGAACAGAGGUUCUAGCAUCAUGUCAUAGGGAGCUCUGCAGAUAAACGCCAGAAGAGCUCAAAGAGCAGGUGACAGAAGAGAAUCUCCCUUUGCAAACUCUGUUAUGUACUGUCAAUAGAAGGGAAAACUCAAAAGAGAAAGCAUAAUUACCGUAUUUGCCACUUUCCGCUAAUGGUCUGAAAUGAGCACACCUCCUAUCAAUUUGUUAUUUUCUUUCCCCAGACUUUCACACAGAGCUUGAAGCUCAGUGGACAUAAAGAAACAAGCUGGAAGAGAAAGGAAGGAACUUCAAAAUGA